AUGUCUGUCUCUUCGACUUCAGAAAGUACUCAUACUCAAGAAAGUACAUCAGUGGCCCAUAAAAAGAAAGUUAAUGAAUUCCAAGAUGGUAGAAAAAGACCCGAAUAUUCAUGGAAACAGAGCUGGGCAGAUUGGUUCAAACAAAGUUGGAGUUCAGAAUACAAUGACCUCAAAGUCGAACAUAGACUAUUAUCUCAGUUAUCAUUUUACCCAAAACCAACUCUUGCUACGGAUAAGAGAAGAGGCGAAAUAAUCAACACGGAUAUUGGAAAUGGACAGUAUAUCCAUGAAUUUUAUAUUGAAAAUAACGAAUUGGCCGACACCGACACCAACACAAACAAUAGCAAUAACAAUAACAACGCUGUAUCGAUAUUGCCUAAUACAUGUAAAGAAAUAGUUCUAAUACAUGGCUAUGCUGCAUCGCUUGGCUUAUUUAUUGACAAUUUCGAUCUGCUAAGUUCAAUACCUGGUAUCAAGAUCCAUGCAAUUGACUUGUUAGGCUUUGGAAUGAGCUCAAGACCAAAAUUCCCCCAUUUACCAUCCUCUACGAAACAAGACAUUUAUAAAGUAGAGGAUUGGUUUAUUGAUCUGUUGGAAGUAUGGCGUAAGAAAAGAGGUAUUGAGAACUUUGUGUUAAUGGGCCAUUCAUUUGGUGGAUAUUUGAGCUGUGCUUAUGCUAUGAAGUACAAUAAACCCAAGAGUAAAAAUGAGACGACGACAACGACUCAAAAAUCGUCAAGCUUGAUUGAUAAAUUAGUCUUGAUAAGCCCUGUUGGUGUGGAAAGAAAUAAGUUUUCUUUACUAGACAAUCAGACAACGAUACCACAGAUUUCUAUAGAGCAAGAAAUACUAGCAGAUCAAGAAGACAUAGUACAUGGGAGUCAGCUGGAUUCUACAACAAUUGCAACCUCAACCAUUGAAGAGGAAAAGGGAGCAGAAAAAGGAGUACAGGUAGGAGCAGGAGGAAGGGGAGGAAGGACAGCAGCAGCAGCAGCAGCAGCAACAACAACAACAACAGCAGAAGCAGUAGAAGAAGAAAAGUCACAAACAAGUAGACAGAAAAGAUUGUUCAACUACUUGUGGCAACACAAUUUCUCUCCAUUCUUCCUCAUUCGGAAUGCAGGGCCAUUAAAGUCAAAGUGGAUAUCACAAUGGACAACUCAUAGAUUUGCUCAUACCUAUUAUCAAAAUCAAGAAAGCUUUCAAAAUAUGCAUGAUUAUAUAUAUAGAGUUUUCAAUGGGUACGGAUCAGGAGAAUAUGCCAUAACGAGAGUCUUGGCAGUUGGAGCAUUGGCUAAAUUGCCAUUGUUAGAUAGAUGUCCUCAGAAAUUUGUUGAUAUGAAGCUACCUACAUUGUGGUUAUACGGUGACAAGGACUGGAUGAAUGAAAAAGCAGGUGAAGAGAUUACAGACGAAAUCAAUAAGUUGUCCAUGCAACAAUAUUCAAAACGAUUAGCAGAAUUUGCAAUUGUUAAAAAUGCUGGUCACCAUUUAUACCUUGACAAUCCUCCGGAUUUCGCUAAAAUUGUAUUUAACUUUUUGGGUUUUGUUGAGAAGAAGUAG